AUGCAUACCUCUUCGAAUAUGAAUCCUCCUGCCUCCCAUUCACAGAACAAGCACACCUUUACUCGACUAGGAUGGGGUAUGGCACUUUGCUGUUUUAAGUCAGGGAACAAGCCACAGUGUGACUCAUUCUCUGGUGUGCCACCUGUUUCCCCCAGCAGUUCCCAGCACUGUGCCCGCCUGAAGAAGCAAUACCUCAAACAAGCAUCUGCAGAACUAUCCUUCUCCCAAGAAGUGUUGCAGCAAUGGGGGCUACCCUGCAUACCCUAUUCCCAGUAUAACUUUGACCAUAUCUACAGCACAGAAAACAUCAUCUCCUUGCCCAAGAGCACAGAGUUCCAAGCUCGGAAGGCCCCCAAAUUCAAGCCGCUGUUAUCUUCAUCUAUAAUGGACCUGCCAUCUUUACCGGCCCUCCAACCAGUAACUAAAAGUGUUAAGGCCCCAAAGAAACGCAAGCUGAGGAGGCCUAAGAAAGAAAGCUCCCCCAGUGACUCCCCAGCUCGAUCUUCCUCCAGUCCUGCUUCUGAGAUUAUGGACUCGCAAUCAACGAUUCUGUCAAACACUCCUGAGUGGAAACUGGAACAAAGGGAAACAUGGCUUAAGCCAUCAGAGAAAGAGGCCAGAGGCUGGGAGAAUAUUGUGCUUAAAAAAUUAAACAAGCGCACAGCCCGAUGGAUCCUAAACAAGAGACCCCCCCGGCCUGGGGUCCCUCCCAGCAGGUGGCAGAGUUUCUUGAGACACCAGUAUGACUGGAGCCAUAUCCGGGAUGAACUGUCCUCUGCCAGUGACCUGGAGCUGUUGGCUCAGCUGGAGGCUGAAGAGACAGCAGAAAUUGAAGGCAUAGAGGUUGUCGCUCCAGUCCAAGAGGAAAAGAAACCAGAGUUACUGCUCCCUGUUUACUUCAGAAUCCCUGCUUACGUGCCACUUAAGAAGAGACCGGAGAUGAUGGUUGGCACCAAUAAGACAGCUGAGGAUAUAAUUGCUGAACGGAGUCUCUUCCGGGGCCGAACUACACAACACUGGCAACAGAUAAAUCCCAGAGCCGGGGGGUACGCUUACUCCACAGACAACGUCUUUGAACAGGAGAUUUACUUUGACUUAGUUCAGAUCAUCCAUCAGGAUGACAUGGAGAAAGAUCAGAUCCUUUUGGAAAACCUCAACCAGUACAGUAAGCACUUGCCAAUGGCUUUCCCAGAAGGCCCAGAAGAGUGGAGUUAUGAGCCCCGUCCUGUAAGAGUCUGCAGGCCCAGAAAGGGAGCCUUCCGUUGGACUGCCUUGCCCACCCCCGCCAAGGACCUCGUGGAAUUGAGCCAAGAGACUGUUCCUGCCAAGGUCAGGAGAGGAAGGAAGGAUUUUGUACAAACAGUAGAGGAAAAUGUGCCCUGGGAGAUGCAGGUCCUUCGGAACAUGCUGCAGGAGUGGAAGAGUGCAUGGAUUCUGACUACUCAGUGGCAAGAUGCUACAGUGGAGGGACUGCUCCGGAACAUGAGCAAUAUACAGGAUGAGAUCAGGGUUGAAGCCAUCAUCACUUGUGCCACGGCGGCUGUGGAGAGACCCCGAUUUGAAGAAGUUGUGGAGGAUCAAGACAAUGAAGAGACUGUCCAAGUUCAGCCUGUCGAGGAGAUACCACAGGAACUACAGCCUGUGCUCAAGGAAGCUCUAACAGAUAAGAAUGCCAGUGUACGCAUGGCAGCUGCUGUGUGUCACUACACCAUUCAAGCGCAUGACAGCCAAGCCCAGGAAAUCAUGCAGAAUGCCCUGGCAAUGGGUAAUGAUGCUGACAGUUGGGCAGCAGCCCAGUGCCUUGCUCUGGACGGGAUUGCUUCUUUUGCUGUGGUGAAGAGAAUCCUCUACCAACUAUUUUGCAGAAAGGACAAGGAAACAGAGGAACGAACUUGUCUCCUACUGAGUCAUCUCAGUGACAAGACAAGCCUGAUACAUACUUUACUUGCUGUGGAGCUGAACAGCUGCCAGUGGGAAGACCGGAUCGUGGCCUGCCGAGCUCUUUCCCGGAUCAGUGGAAGGAGUGUCAACCAGGAUCUGAAACAUAAGUUGAUCCAACUGAUGUGGAAUGAUUGGAAUUGGGGUGUACGCCAGGCAGCUGCCCAAACCCUUGGGCAGAUGAAGCUGGGGAAAGAGGUGCAUGACAAGAUCAGAACCAUGCUGGGUCAAGGAAACUCCAGGGAACGGGUAGAUGCCCUUUCCCUGAUUGGCUGGCUGAAGCUCAUGACUGCCAAGUUGCUUCCUGACUUCCUUAACUGCUUCUCCGAUGAUUUUGUGGCUGUGAGGAGGGAAGCCUGCCUUGCAGCUGGUGCACUCAGAAUAAAAGAUAAGAUGGUCUAUGACAGCCUGCUGAAGUUGGUACAAGGUGAUCCGUACUGGAAAAUCAAAGCUUUUGCCAUCAGAGCUUUGGGAAUGAUUGGACAAGUAAGUCCCCAGUUAAUAGACCUCUUGCUCUGGGCUAUCCACUAUGAGGAAGAGCCAGGCGUGCGACUGGAAGCCUGUAGGAGCAUCAUUGCCCUUCAACUUCAGGGAGACAAAAUCCGAGACACCUUCCUAGAUGUGCUCCUCCUGGAGAGCCAUGAAGCUGUUCUUAGCGAAGUGAACAACGCAAUGAAGAUUCUUAACUUACAAGAUGAAGGAAACCAAGAAAUGCUUCAAGAAAUCAAAAAUAAGAUUUCUGAACUAAGUCAGAAAGAUCUGAUCAUCAAUAAAAUAUUGAAGAUUGAGGGAAUCGCUGAAACUAUUCGGCAGGAAACAAAAUAUAUCUAUCUUAGCAGUGCCAGAAAAGAUAGACCAACACAACUUGUAGACUUUUUCAAAGAUGCUUUUAAAGAUCCUGAUGUCCCUCUUGCUCUGUCACCAUCUGAUACCUGUGACUUGGAAAAAGCAUUAGAGCCUGUGCGGUCACCUACACCAAAUGCCUUCAGUAGGAGUCCCAUCUUUGAUCGGAAGAUCCCUGGAAGAUUAACACUCAAUAAACGUCUAAAAACCAUCAGGGAAAAAAAGAUUGCUUUGGGACCAUUUGGUAAGCCCCCAAACUUAUCUAAAAUGGAAUAA